AUGAAUAAUUCUGAUAGUACUUUUAUUAAAAAGGAGAAUGAUUUAUCAUCAAUUAAGUUUUUUGAAUGGCCGAUUGAUGCGGAUGACGAUGAGCAAUUUCGUGCUGGAUAUCCAUAUACGCCUGAUGAAGAAAAGGAAAUAGAUGGUGAGACAUUUUAUACACCUGAUGAAGAAAAAGAAAUAAAUGAAGAAAUAUGGUAUGAUGUAUCAUCUAUUGAAAAUGCUUUACCAUCAAUCAUAUCGAAGAAUAAUGAAUUCAAUACAAAUAUACAAGGUGAUAUUCAAUCAACAUCUCCAUCAUCUAGUCAAAAACAAGAAAUCAUGGAUAUAGAUGCGAAACCAUGUAAAGUUCAAAAUUAUGAUCAACGUUUUACCGAACUUGCAAAAGAAAAAGGUGAUUGUAAUAAUCAUGAUCAAAACAAGUAUCAUCAGAUUCAAGCUGAUAUUGGUACUAAUACCAAGUUCGAUAACAUAUCAAACUGA